GUAAAAUGCCAAUUUUCUACCUAUAUAUCUACCUCUACACCCUCUAUAACAUUCCCCAUUUCUCUUAAGUCAACCACCACACUCUCCCUAGAGAUACACUAACUAUCUUCAAAUCACUUGGGGGAAAAAAAAAAAAACUUAAUCUUUCUCCUAAUCAAUCUCAAUGUUCACUAGCACAAUUAAUUGUGACAACACAAUGUUUGAAUCCCCUUCAAAGGAUCAUCAUCAAUCGAUGAUGAUGGAAAGGAGAAUAUGGAAAUCCAACAACAACAAUAAUGCUGAAAUAGCGCCAAAUUGUCCAAGGUGCGCUUCUUCCAACACCAAAUUCUGUUACUACAACAAUUACAGCUUGUCACAGCCUAGGUACUUCUGUAAAGGCUGCCGGAGAUACUGGACCAAAGGAGGAUCCUUGCGGAACGUCCCCGUUGGAGGUGGCUGCCGGAAAAGCCGUAAAUCAAAGUCGGCCAGGCUUCAGGCCGAUCAAAAAUCCGGGUUGAGUUACCAAAUACCUAGCCCUGGUAGCACAAGUGAUGAGUCAAGUAGUACAAGUGGAGUCAACAUCGAUUUAGCGGAUGUUUUUGCUAAGUUCUUGAGUCAAGAUUCGAGCAAUAAUAACAAUGAAGUUGUGGAUGAAAUGAACAACAAUAACAACGUUAGUAUUCUUGAUCAAGAUCAAUCAUCUUCAAGUACUGGAGUAAGUUACAAUUCUCUAGACUUGCCUACAAAUUCUAACUUUGACCAGGAAAAUAUGAUUUGGGAUGGCCAAAAUUCAUUCGAAUUCAUCGUUGACGAUGAUCAUGGAGCGCAUAAUCAAGAUCAGGUGAUCAAUUAUAAUGAAGGGCUUCCUCCAUUAUGUCUGGAUAACGGAGAAAACGCGGAAAUAUUUCUUGAUCAAAAUUGUGACGUUUUGGAUUUGCAAGCUAUUUUUGGUGGCGAUGAAAUUGGUCAGCAAACUCAUUUAUUGACAGAUGUUGAGUGGCAAUCAAUCAUGCAAUUCCAAGAUUUUGGAUCAUCAUCUUCAUCAUCUAAUCAAAUUGUUGAAGGUAUCAAAAUCCCAUCAUCAGAUUUAUCAGCUCAUCAUGAUGAAAAUUGGAGUUCGUUUGAUCAUCUGUCAGGUUAUGAUAUUUUCUCAAGACCCUCCUGGAAUUAGAAACUAGAUUGAGGGUUAUGAUAUUAUUUUUUGGCUUCGUUUUGUUAUUAUUAUUUUUUUCGUUCCAAAAGUUGAAGUUUCGGUUAUUGAACUAAAACAGGACAAUAGCCAGGACUCAUUUAUGAGACGGAGGAGGAAGAGUAUUUAAUAUUUUUUCCUUCUUCCACAGAAGAAGAAUUCUUGUGGCAGUUAACUGUCACUUAUCACAUACACGAGGAAAGAUACAUGUAAUGAAAUGUAGUUAUAAUUCAUACUUUGAUUAAUAAAAUUUUGUUUGAAUUUGGUUGUGGAAUAUAUUGAUCAAUCGCUUUUGGAAU